AUGAACAAAGUACACGCUUCGAAGACGGUUGAGGCUGGUGGAGUAGCACCUGCAUUAACUGAGUUAGUGCGUAAGACCCACACUUUAAAAGAUGGCACCUGCAUUGACAAACGAGCAGAAGCUUAUGUGAAGGCAGCUGAAUCUCUUGCCUUGGAGCGAUCAGAAAGUGCCACUGCCACCGGUGAAACUGCCUCCGCAACCUCCACCCAGCAGCUCAAUGCUGCUUAUAUUGAAAUGGCAACUAAUACUAAAGGUAGAGUCUAUGGACUUGGUUCACUUCAGUAUGUUGAUGCUGAACCCAAGGAGUCUCCGGCAGCUUCUCUAUGUAGAAGUGUUGGGGUUGAUGGACGAUUGACCACUGUGGAGGGUGUUGUGACUGGGUUGAAGGAUGAUUUUUCUGGGUUGAAACAAAGCAUCGACUUGCUGUUGAGGAUGAAUGGAGUGGAUCCUGUUAUGCAUCAACCUAUUCCGCGUGAGAGUGGUGCAUCUGCUCCAAGUCCCCAUUCUGAUUCUAGCCGAGAACUUAACCAGCACUCUCCCACUCAUUAG